AUGCUAUCCUGGAAUGUUCAUGGGCUCCGAAGAGGUGAGAAGAGGAGAAGAAUAAAAAGUCUCAUUAAAGAAAAGGAAGUGGAUAUGGUUCUCUUGCAAGAAACAAAAUUGGCAGCAAUCUUAUUAGAUAUGGUAAGAUCACUAUGGUAUAGAGAUCAGGUGGAAUUCAUGGAAGUGGACGCGUCUAGUUUAGCUGGGGGCAUACUAUGUAUAUGGGACCCUUCUGUUUUCUCUCUAUCUGCUUGUUGUAGUAACAAAAGUUUUAUACUAUUAUCAAGUUCACUCUCUCGUAACUUUGAGUGUGUUAUUAUUAACAUUUAUGCUCCUAAUGAUGUAUCUUGUAGGGCUACUUUUUGGGAUUCUCUUUGUAAUUUAAAAUCUGAAUUUCCUAAACCUUGGUGUUUGGGUGGGGAUUUCAAUAAGAUCAAGAAUGUUGAGGAGCAUAAAGCAUGCUCUAGAAGGGAUAGAGGAAUGCAAGAUUUUAAUAAUUUUAUAAGUAAAUUGGAAGUGUCUGAUUUACCCAUGUUAGGUAGGCAAUUCACAUGGAGCAAUUCCCAGGAUGAAGCAAGGUGGAGUAGGCUAGACAGAUUCAUGUUUAAUCCAGAGUGGCUGUUUAUUAAUGCAUGGCUUUUGCAUCCUCUGUUCCUUCCACUUGUCAAGAAAACAUGGUUAGAAGCAGAGGCUCAUGGGUGGGUUGGUUUUGUUCUGUGGAAAAAAUUGAAAAUCUUAAAGGAGGUCAUAAGGAAAUGGAAUGUUGAAGUUUAUGGAAACUUGACUCUGAACAUCAAGAAGGCUGAAGAGGAAUUACAUGUGUUAGAUCUUGCAGUUGAAACCAGAAUUUUGGAUGAUUUUGAAAUUUAA